AUGAAUAACGUUUAUGAUCACAAUGUAGAGUCACUUUGGUGGUCAAGUAUCUUUGAAAGUUUUAUUAGAGAUAAAAUAAAUACAUUUAUUAGAUCAGAUGUUGUAUUAAAUAAAGACUUAGUUACAUUUGUUCCUUCUACUCAUCAAAUUAACAAUUUCGAAAUUAUCGAUCAAUUAAAUGAUUUUUAUUUUGUCUGCCAAUGUAAAAAAUGCCACAAAAUAACAUACAACGAUGCCAUCCCAGUUUCAAAUAGUCCUAGAUACAGAAUUGUUUGCAGAAUGGUUGCAUCAGUCUUCAAUAGAUUUAAAAGUUUAUACUACGAUGGUGAAAUUAAUAUAUUAAGUGAAGAAGAUAUUCACUUUUUAAUUAAUAAAAUCCUAAUCAAUAAUUACAAUAUUUCUGAAGCUCUAAAAAAAAUACCUGUAAGUUCGUAUUAUAAUUUUUAA